AUGGGCGAAGGCGAACAAGAGCUCUUCGAAAAGAAACUCUCCAAGGAAGAGAAGAAAGCUCGUGCCAAGGCACUUCGCGAAGCGAAAAAGAAAGCCAAGGAACCAAAAGAAGGGAAAAAAGACAAGAAGGAAGAUGCUGAAGAAAAGAAGGAAGAGGCUCCCGCUCUGAACUUAGACGCUCUCGACUUGGAUGCUCACAAGGAUGCCAAGCGCGAAGCUGCCCUCGACAAGCUUUCCGACGAUGACAUCAUUGUAACCUACGAAAGUAAGAAAGGAGUGUUGCAUGCGAAUACUCGAGACAUUAACGUGUCGGGAGUAACGGUCACCUUUCACGGAAAGCCUUUGAUCGAGGAAACAGAAAUUACCAUCAACUACGGAAACCGUUACGGAUUCAUUGGACCCAAUGGCUCCGGAAAAUCCACGAUCAUGAAGGCAAUUGCUGCGCGUGCUAUCCCUAUUCCGGAUUCUUUGGAUAUUUACUUUUUGGAUUGUGAAUACCCAGCACGCGAUGACAUUACGGCUCUGGAGGCAGUCAUGGAAAGUAAUGACGAAGUCGGCAUCCUGGAAAAGCAAGCAGAUGCUCUCAACAUGGCUAUGGGAGAAGCCGAUGAAGAGCAACAGACAUCCAUCCAAAUGACACUCGAAACAGUUUACGCCCGUCUUGAUCAGUUGGACGCGAGCUCGGCCGAAGCUCGCGCCACAACUAUUCUGCACGGUUUAGGAUUCACCAAGACCAUGCAACAUAUGAAGACUCGGGAAUUCAGUGGAGGAUGGCGCAUGCGCGUUGCCUUGGCCCGUGCUCUCUUUCUUCAGCCCGAAUUCUUGCUCCUCGAUGAGCCGACCAACCAUUUAGAUAUGGAUGCUGUGUUAUGGUUGGAAGAAUAUCUGUCGAACUGGGACAAAAUUCUGUUUUUCGUCUGCCACAGUCAAGAUUUCAUGAAUAGUGUCUGCACAAACAUCGUUCGCCUCGAUAUGACGUACAAAAAGCUGCGGUACUAUAGUGGAAAUUACGACACAUACGUGCAGACGCGUCGGGAUCAAGAUAUGGUGCAAAUUCGUCAAUACGAAGCUGAGCAACGUGAUAUCGCUGAAAUCAAAGAUUUUAUUGCUAGAUUCGGUCACGGUACCGUCAAGAUGGUUCGGCAAGCACAGGCGCGCGAAAAAUUGCUUCAGAAAAAGCUGGAAGCCGGUUUGACUACGCUGCCCGAAAUGGAUCCAGAAUGGGAUUGGACAUUUCCUGAUGCGGGAGAGCUCCCCGUCCCGGUUUUGUCGAUCGAGAAUGUCAGUUUCAACUACCCCAAUAGUGUCGAGCUCUACAGCAAGGUAGAUUUUGGGGUAGAUUUGCAGACGCGCGUUGCCUUGGUGGGGCCCAACGGUGCGGGAAAGACAACGUUGGUCAAACUAAUGACGGGUGAACUUAAUCCGACUAAGGGGGCAGUGAAGCGCAAUACGCACCUUAAGAUUUCUCGCUUCACUCAGCAUUUUGAAGAAAAGCUUGAUUUGACGAUGACUCCACUCGACUUUUUCAAGCAAAAAGUCAUGCCGGAACAGCCCAUUGAAAAAAUCCGUCCGCUUUUGGGACGUUACGGGUGUUCGGGGGACCAGCAAUCGCAGGUGAUGAACCAGUUGUCAGCUGGCCAAAAGGCACGAAUCGUCUUUGCAAUUAUUGCCCAUGAAAAGCCGCACUUGUUGCUGCUAGACGAACCGACAAACCCAUUGGAUAUGGAAAGCAUUGAUGCGCUGGCACGAUGUUUGAACAAGUUCAAGGGUGGUGUUUUGAUGAUCAGUCACGAUAUGCGCUUGAUAUCGCAAUGUGCCGAGCAGAUAUAUGUUUGCGAUCACAAGAAGGUUGUCAAGUAUACCGGAGAUAUUAUGGAUUUCAAAAUGCACACUCGCAAGGAAAACAACAAGAAGCUGGCUCAGCAUUUGAAUGGAUAA